UAAAGAAAUAUAAAGGCCUCGUUAAAGACGCUAAUGGGAUGCAGUUAUCAAUUAGCAUUUAUCGAGAGAAGUGAAAACAACUGUUUUUCUACUUCAAAAUGCAAGUGUUAAUAUUUGCACUCAUCACAUUCAUUAAGCUGGUGCAUGGAGGUCUUCUGGAUGGCAUAUUAGGUCCUAGAACUCCGAGUACCGGAGUAAAUACAAAUGGAAUAGUACAUCCGUUGAAUGGUGCUUUAGGAGGCACUUUAUGUCAACUCGGAUUAGGUUGUAAACGUUGCGUUUAUGGACCACUGAAUGGUUUGGACCCAGCCCUAGGAGACACAGUCAACUAUGUCGGGCUAGGUGAGGACUGUCCACCUUUCCCUUUUGGUGGACACGGCAAUGAUGAUAAUGAAAAUAAAGUGACAAAACCUCCCAUCACUGCACCUCCUGUCACUCAACCUCCCAUCACUGAACCUCCCAUCACUCAACCUCCUGUCACUCAACCUCCUGUCACUCAACCUCCCAGUAAACCGGAAGACUGUUUCGCAAUUGACACACCGCUUCAGGAUACAGACAACAAUGAAUAUGGAAAUGAUGAUGAAGGUAACGACGACAAUGGUGGGGACGAUCAACCUUGCGACUGUUCCGAAGAUGACAGUGAUAAUGACGAUGAUGAUAACGGGAACGAUUGUGACAAUGAUAAUUCUGGAUGUGACGAUUGUGAUUGCAAAGACGUCGAUUGUAGUCUCUGUGACUCGUACGAUUAAAUGUGAAGAGAAAGUUGGUGUAUAGUCUGCGUAAAAUGAACAGUUUCAUAUAAAACGUCUCAAAAAAUAAAUGGCAGGAGUCUAAUCAGGCUAUUUGGCUAUUUCGUU